UGCUUCGAUGCGACCAUCUGGGCUGGCUGGACUGCCGAGUUUUCGUUAUGCGUCGUCGAGUUUGAGUUUUCUCUCGGAUAGCGAGCGCUCGUCUGAAUAGUUCGCGGAGCACUGCUGUGUUUUGGCGGAGCGUGCUUUGACCCAGAAAGUUUAUUCAUCGGGACCAAGACUGGACCGUGCCGCAGGGUUAGCAGUGGACGCUUUCCGUUCUUGCCUUUCAGACCUGGAGUUCGAAGUGCGGUUAGGAACGAGUGAAGGCGUGCAAAGCUCUGAGGCGGCACCAUGAGUGACGAGACUGGCGAUGCUCCUAAGCUCCAAGAGGCCGUCGUGGGUGGCAGAGACGUACCGGCCAAGGAAGGCGCUCGCUUCCACACGUCCAGUGAGAGCAGCAAUGGCGAGGAGGCGAGUGAGUACGCCAUGGAGGGCGUUACGCUGACCAAUGGAGAGGUCAAGCAGCCUUCGCCCACCAAGAAGAAGGCUCGGGAUUCAUCUCUGUCGACACCUUUAAGCCUGGAAGGCAGCUUCGGUGUUGUACCCGAGUCUCCACCGAGGUUUGUCUCAUUGGACCAAAUCAUGAAGGCUGCCAACGGGAUGACAAAGAUGGCCCUGGCUCACGAAAUAGCCAUGGGGGGCUCCUUUGAGCUGAAGCAGAGAGAGUACCCAGAAAACAGCCUUGAGAAGGUCGUGAAGGAAACAUUCCACAAGGCUUUCUGGGACAUCCUCGAGGAACAGUUGAAUGAGGACCCACCAAACUAUGACCAAGCCAUGCGUCUAUUGCAAGAGGCCAAAGAGAUUCUGCUACACCUGCUGAUGCCGCACAGCAAGCGGCUUCGCGAGGAGAUCGAGCAGGUGCUCGACAUCGAGCUCAUCCGCCAGCAGGCUGAGCACGGCACCUUGGACUUCCUUGCUUAUGCACGACACGUCAUCUCGCUGAUGGCUCGCAUGUGUGCACCGAUCCGAGAUGCCAGCAUCAAGGAGCUGCUCGAGAUCAAGGAGGUUGUGCCGCUGUUCAGGGGCAUAAUGGAGCAGCUAACCUUGAUGAAGAUGGACAUGGCCAACUUUAGUAUCAAGCUGGCCAGGCCACUCAUCCAGUCUCACUCCGUCGCUUACGAGCAAGAACAGUUCAAAAAGUACAUUGAGGCGCAGGCGGCCGUCAACCCUUCGACAGACCCACUCGCACACACGAAGCUGUGGCUGAGGCGCAGCUACGAACAUCUCCGCAACCUCAGCGACCAGCACAGCCCGGACCCCAUUAACGGGCCCGGUUGCAAGGGCCCGGGAUUCGCGAGUGUUCUGGCGGGCGCUUACAUGGAGCUGCUGUCUUGGCCCGACGACGAGCCUUACCCAGAGACUCUGCAUCUGGACGGGGCACGCUACAGGGCCCUCAAAAACAUGGUGCACCUGGCCGCCCUGGUUGCCAGUAUCCUGAGCAUCACUUAUCGGCUAGGGGGUGCCGCGCUACAGGGCAUCUCGGACUUCAAGGACGACCUCAAGAGCCACACGCAGCUUCUGCUAGAUGGCUCGCUCGACUGCAGUGAGGAGGAGCUGAGGGAGACCCUGAAGAACGUGGCCAGUCAGGUGAUCAAGGAGGUGCAGGAGUGCUUGCAGAAACACGGCUUCAACCAGCUUCAGAUCAGCCAGGAGCGGGUGCUGUACGACCAAAUUGUGGUCAUGAGCUCCCCUGACCACCACGUCCGGAAGCUGCUCUUGAUGCGUGUGCUGGACUUCAUCAAGGUGGCCAUCUCUUCCGGGUCAGUGCGGCCCACCCAGAUUCCUCCGGGCCUGUCGGCUCUAGAGAAAGAGCUGACUUCCAUUACAGGCCAGUUUCUCCGGCUCGUGACGCACAACAGGGCGGUGUUUGGAGAGAUGUAUGGCGACAUCGUCGCGGAGCUCCGGAAGUAGGCCUAAGAGACAGUCUUCGACCAGUUUGCGAGAAAAUGGGAUCGUGUGAAACCAGUGUGAAAUUUUUUUUUGCCGUGACAAAGGAGAGAGGUGCUCCCUUUUGUUUAGCGGGUGUGCUUUAUGUUUUUGGACCUCGGUGAUUGACCGUGGGAUGCUUCAUGCAACAUCUGGCUAAUGGUUUCACAAAUUUGUGCUAUUCCGCUGAUGUUCGUCACGGACUGAAGAGUAGCCCGGAAUGUGGUACAGAAGAUUGUGUAUUGUAGAAGGUGUCGUGGGUGGCAAAGCUCGCAUUUGUGCGCCACAAUCAGCAAUGCAGUUGAGACGUAUGGCAAGUCUCUAAAUCCAGUAGGCUUGAGCGGCAAUGAUUUCGCCACGUGCGAUUAAAAGCAGUGGGCCAAUCUCGACACAAGUGAUUGUCAGUUUACUCUCCUAUGCUAAGUAGUGUGCUUGAUGAAUUAUUAGAAUGUUGCCUGUUAUGAUUUUACAUGUUUUAUAUUUAACACUGAUCUUUUUAAUGUUUUUUGAAAAAAAUAUAGACCAUGAUCCAACUGCCUGUGUGUGCUUAUGCUCUGCUGAUGUUCCUGUGAGGUUUCAUAGCCUCUUUUGCUUAAGAUCUGGUAUCUUUACCCCAAAGAAUCGUUUUUUUUAACUGUUAGUACGUAAAAAGUAAGUGAAAAUUCUGUGCAACCGCUCAAGAAGCAAUGUAAAUUUUUCCCCUCACUUUAGAGGGUGUGCAAAUCCAAGCAAGCUGUUAUCGUCGUCUUCAAUGCAGUCUGAAAACAUUUGCACCCUGAAUAGUGUAUUGCUUUGCACAACCCUCCGAGACAAAAUGGGUAUGUUUGGGGUCCCUUCGUGCAACACAAUAUUAAUCAUUGUCUAUCUUGCAUCUUUUCCCUUGUAUUAUUACUGCGCAUUCGUCACUUCCUGGCCACAAAUGAUGUGCACUGCUAUCAGUGUGGUGUCGAAUUCUUGAAAUGAAUGUCGCAGCAGUCUUUUUUUUUUUGUUUAAAUCAUGUGCAUGUGAGCAUUCAAAGUUGUUUGUUGCUGCUUUUCUAUGAAUGGAAGGACAGGCAGCUAAAAAAGCUGACACUAAAUCUCGUAUGCCCUGUAGCAUACUCGACCAAAGUUAUUGACUUCGUUCCGUCUUAGCUGUGACUGCCUGGCUUUCAAAUGUCGUGACUGUUGUGACAUAGCUUUUCUGUUACUUUAUUUACUUACCUACAUCACUGCUCAUCUUUUAUGAGCGAGUUAUAGUAUGACGUACGUAAUGUCCGUACCAGCAUGGCAUAUGUAAGAAUACCAUGUUUCAAAUGUGGCAGGUGCUGAGAACUUUCACUCAGAUGCACUAAGUAAAAAGCGGCCUUCUUAUGUACGCAACGCUGUUACAAAUGCUUUGCGAGCUGUAUUAAAACAUGCUACUGUCCUAAAUCGUGUUUACUUCGACGUAAAAUUUUAUAUAUACUGUUUGGCAGCUACAACUGAGCAUAACAAAGUCACAUAAGUGGCUCAGGGCCCUUGUAAAUAAGGUGAAACAUAAUUAUGUGCUUUAAUAUUCAUAAUUUGCCUGAGGGAAAAUUAUUUUUGUGCACUCCAUCGCAUGUUUAUGAAGGCAAUGUUCAUGCUAAGUGUUUUGGCUGCAUAUUGAAUCUUUGAGAGCAUGAAAUACACACAAUAUUUACAUACCUGAAUGUGUUUAUGCUAAAGCAACCUUUGAUAGUAACUUAUCCUUGUGUUUACCUCAUGCAGCAAUUAAAUACAAGUCAUUGUGCUGUGGUAUAGCUAUAAUCACAACAUUAAUUUUGAAAGCUUGACACUUAUGUUAUUGCUUGUUGUUGGUACAUUUGAAAGUCUACUGAAGUUAUUACCUUUCAUUUUGGUGCAGAUUUGAUGGUUGUGAAUGCUACCACUUGCAAAGAUCUAUGUGUUGCCUGUCCUGUGAUGCUGUAAAACAAAAAAAGCUGAAGAAAAAAAAGUUAGAACAUUAGUACUGUCAAAUCCUAACACUGGGAACAGAAGUCACGGGGUGUAGAAUCAUGGUAAUUUCGGGCUGGCCACUGUUUGAGCUGUGACUGGAUUAGCAGUGUUUUCGGGCUGUUUCUGGUGCACGUUGUGAUGUACUGGUUGCUAUACAUUUCUGGUCUAUAGAAUUCUCACCUGUAAUUGUGCGUUUGGGAAACCUGUGUGAUUGUGCCUUCCAUAGUCGUCGUGACAUUAGAAAACACAGUCGUCAGAGGGCUUUAGCGUUGUGUUGGAUGUGUAUAUAUGGACACGUGGAAUGCAAUAUCAUGGAUAUGGGAGGCAGCAGGAACGCCUCUGGUGUUUAUGGAUGCCCUGGCCAACUGUGGAAUGCAAUAGUAAUGUUCUUGUGUUUCUACCUUCUCAUUCGAAGUGUGAAAUAUUAAAGAGGCGUUCUUUGUUGGCACAAUUGUCGCAAACAUUUAUUUGUAGUAAAAGUUGGGGAUAAUAUUGUUUAUCGCAUCCAUGAAGCUUACUUCCACUUACCUUGAAUGAACACAGAGCCAGAAAUGCUCAUCGUCAACACGUGGCUAAUGUCUGUGUUGUCUAGUAUUCUGGCAAGUAGUGGAGUCUUUGCUGGAGCCCCGUCAGUUCCGUGAUAAACGAGACUGAUACAGAAAACACCGAAUUCCGCUACAACUGAGGCUGAUUGAUACGGAAUGUAUGGAAAUUAAUCAUACCUAAAGUUGAUGCGAAACAUGUGGAAUUCCUGCAUAGACGGGAUUCAAUAAUUGAUGUGGGACACUCGGAAUUUCAUCAUACAUGACCUUGAUGCAGACUAGGUGGAAUGUCGUCGGUUAUGUGAUAGUGACAUGACAAGUUAUAAAUGAGUGCUAUAAUGCUGUCUGCUUUCACUACAGUGUGAUAAUUUCUUUUAACUCUGGCAGGUUCAGAUGACACAAUCAGUGAUAAACUCUAAGGUCAGUCUUACGUGUGUAUUGAAAUAUCUGGAGGAACACAAAAGCCUACUUUACCAUAUUUUUUUGUGAAUAAAUAAUUAAUUAUAACUGUAUAUGAAGCUGUGCACUGUAGUAAAUGUGUGUGUGUACAUCGCCUUAGCUUGAUCUCUAGUAUCUGUUCACUGCCUCUAUCUAGUUGUGUAGAAAUAUUGCUGCUGGCUCUAAGAGUGCCACAUUCUCUAUGAUGUGUCUAUUGAUCUAGUACGCAGCGAGCUGCGUGUUUCUCGCUAGUCGCUACACAAGUUCUAUAUAUAGAUAUAAACUGAAUGGGCAUGUAUCGAUUUGGUACUAAUCUAUCUUCUUAGCCCUCAGUUUUCUUUUUCAACCUAUUAAAUGCUGCUUGUGAAGCAUGUUCAGAAUUGAAAUAAUGAAUAGGUUUUGUUUAUGUGUCCUUAUCGUAAAUGUACUUCCAUUGACGUACUAACCAACAUUGUCAUAUACGCAAUAAUAUGUGCAAAUUGAAAAAGAAAUGAAAAGCCUUCAGUAUAUGUAGCAGCUGUGAUGUUAGAAAGGUUGUGGCUGACGAACCACGGCCGUGCCUGGCGUAUACAUUGUGUGCUUGAAGUAUGCUGACCUGUGAACACUGUCACAGUAAUCCUUCCUGCUGCAAUACACCAUGCUUAAAAUCUAUUCAGCGGUCGAGGCAUCUUAGUUUUACUACCCCGACGGACAGGGAAAACUUUGUCACGAACUCCUAGAUGCGGCAAUCAUUGUAAGAUGUGAGAUUCUCUAGCUUUAAAACCCCUUGUGUGAAGCACAUGUAGUGGCUCGAAUCUGCCUCUACAUUACGUGUAUUUAUAGUCUAAUACAACUUAAGUCUGGGGAGGGCACAUCUGGAUGACCAAAGCGCAGCAGCCAAUCAUCUCUGCGAUUAAAGAAAUUGUUCUGUGGAUACACUUGGCAAUGCUUUCCGAAGGCAAGGUUACAGGCAGCUGGAAUCGUGUAUGAAAUUCCGCAUACUUCUAUGAAGUUUUAACCGACCAUAGUCCUAUUUUUUUAUUUAUUGCCCAGUUACGGCUUGUUGCGCAGAAAGUUGCCCUUAAUUGAAACGCCUGAGUAGCUCUGUGAAGCCUCCCAGGCAGGCAGUUUUGAGUUUUUCAAACUAGAGGAUUUUAGAAAUAGCAAGUUCGAGCAGCGUCUUAGCGCUCCGGCAAAGUACGAUCAGCGAUGGGGAACAUAAGAACUACUUGGGUUCUUUUGUUUUCAGGACUGAUAAGCGUCUGUCAACUUUGGGGCGUGUUAUAUUUCUAGAACCCUCUAGUUUUGUCUAUUUGCAAAUCGAGCUUCGUCUAGUCUCCUCUAGGAGGUGCCAGUACGUGGUGCUCUUUAGGAAGGUGAUUCGAUAUUUUUACUGAUGUAUUUUUUUGUGCUAACCAUUCUUGUCUGAAUGUAUGCAGUCUACACAUCUUGCAUUUUUGUUCAUUCACUGUGCGAGGUUUUUUGUGUCCCUGAAGAAGCAAGACCUGUUGUUUAAUAAAAUAUGUCUGCUGUAUUGAUGAAA